AUGUCAAGCAAGGAACAGAAAGCCAUGAAGAAAAGUGCCAAGCGCCGGAGAGUAGAUAAGACCCUCCCAUCAGAUGACUCCAAGAACCCAGCGGACAAUCCAGCAGUUGGUACCAGUGAGAUGGGCAGCCAUUCCUCAGGAUCAGAAGUGCAAGAGGCCAGGGAGCCUGUUCAGAAGAGGAUGCAGGAUUUCGAAGGUGAUGUUACCAGGUUUCUUGUGGAAAAGAGGAAGCAGUUUGAAAAGGAUGUAAAUGCCUCUUUCAGAAGCCUGAAUGAAAACCUCCAGGGUAUCUUGAAAGCUCAGCAGAAGUCAAGGCAGGAGCUCAAGUCCUUGUACUGUGAAAGGUUUGAGUCCCUGCACCAGAAGUGGUUGGAUGAAGUGGACAGCACAAGGGACCAAGAAGAACACCUCAGUUUUAUAACUUGGCAGCAAAUGAAGAUUUUACAGAUGGCUAUAAUGGAUCAUGGAACCAAGCUUGAAAAUGCUAAAGAUAUGUGUGACACAUUUUUGAAGAAAGCCAACGACUUGAGUAAACAUCGCAAAACCUUUAUUGGUGGUCAGCAAACUAGUGUGGAGAAGGAAAUCUCCAAGGUGCAGGACAGAGUUAUCAUGGAAACUCAAGAGCAAGAUGUAUCCGUUGCUGAAACAUACCUUCAGUCCCUGAUCCUUGACCGCUCUGAAGAAACCAUCUGA